GAUCAAGCAAGUGGGUUAAAGAAGAAACAAGCUUGGGCUUAUUUAAUAAUCCAAAAGCACCGAAUCGCGAAAAAGUGAUUCCCCAGAAGCACAAAUUUAUGUUCCCUGGAAAAUCGGAAACCCUAAAAAUCGAGUCUUGCAAUUUUGGGCGUUUGUGAUUCUGGAGACUGGGUUUGAGGUUUUGGAUGAUUCCGGCGACUUCAUGGUGACGCUCAACGGUUCCAUAUCGGCUUGGAUCCAUCACUUGCUUGCUUGCAUGGGUGGUUGUUUUGGAUGCUGCACUAAACCCACACCGAUUAUUGCUGUCGACGAGCCUUCAAAGGGAUUGAAAAUCCAAGGGCGGGCGGUGAAGAAACCUGGUUUAUCGGAUGAUUUUUGGAGCAGCAGCACGUAUGACUUGGACAACAGCGCUUUGCAGUCCCAGAGAAGCAUCUCAUCCAUCAGCACAUUACACCAGACACUUCUCCAGGGGAGCAGCAUUGGUAGCACGAGCAGCCAACCUGACUUUGUAAAUCAAGGUCUUGUUCUCUGGAACCAAACUAGGCUUGAGUGGACUGGAAGUGGCAAGCCUAAGAAUGAAGCUCUAAGAAGUCGGGAAAGCAGAUUAAGUUGGAAUUCAACUUAUGAGAGAUUGGUUGGACCCAAACAGAGACAGCCUUUUCCCCAGCGUGUUCCUUUGUCUGAAAUGAUAGAAUUCCUAGUCGAAGUAUGGGAGCAGGAAGGGUUGUACGAUUAAUCGAUCAUCAGAAUCUGCAUUUAAUGUCAGGAAGAUGGUUCGUCUUUGUAAAUCUCAGAGGUUGGCGUGUAUAGCUGGGGCAAAGGAGAAAUUAAAGCUACGAAGAUACAUCUUUUUAGUAUAAUUGUAAUAUUACACUAAUAUUUUCGUCUUGUUUUGCCCCCUUUUGACAUUGUAAUGCACCAUGGAUCUGUUGAACAUGCUCUGUGCCACGCUUAGCUGAAUCAUACAGAAGCAGUUGCCUUUGCUUGUGUGAAUACCAAAGUUAAG